AGGAGGGGCUAAAUUGUUACACAGUGGAGCAUAAAGGAUAAGUCAAACUCUGAAGGGUGUGUCCUCCACCACAUAGAAAGAGAAUAAGAACUUGCUUCAUUUUUCUUUACAAUCACAGACAACAAUGGUGUCCCUGCAGAAUUCUCCUACACUUCACCGCACCCUCUUCCUCAACUCUUUCCCUCAGAAGCAUGGUGCUUCUCGUUCACCUAGAAGAGAAGGCAUUUCCUUCACUGUCAAAGCUGCCCAUGAACCUUCAGCUUCUUCAGCUGGGUUUCUUUCUCAAGAUAGACCAGGGAGGCGCGAAGUGAUUGCCAUUGGGACUACUGCCCCAUUAGUAUUUCUGUUCAGCCAAAACUCAAGCUCUUUUGCUGCAGAAAAUAAGAAAGGAUUUUUGCCAGUUACGGACCAGAAAGAUGGAUAUACAUUUAUCUACCCUUUCGGGUGGCAGGAAGUAUCGAUUGAGGGUCAAGAUAAGGUGUUCAAAGAUGUCAUUGAACCGCUGGAAAGCGUCAGUGUUAAUAUAAUCCCAACAGGCAAACAAAAUAUUAAAGAAUUUGGGCCUCCUCAACAGGUUGGAGAAACUCUGAUAAAAAGGGUUUUGGCCCCUCCAAACCAGAAAACGAAGAUAAUUGAAGCAACAGAGCAAGAUGUUGAUGGGAAAACAUACUAUCGAUUUGAGUUUAUUGCUCAAGCUCCAAACUACACUCGGCAUGCUCUCAGCACAGUCUCCGUUAGCAAUGGUAAAUUUUACACCCUAACCACAGGAGCAAAUGAGAGAAGAUGGGACAAGAUGAAAGAGAGAUUGCAGACAGUCAUAGAAUCCUUCAAAAUUUCCAAUGUUUAAUAAUGCUCAUUUAUUGUUACUAUAUUAGAGAUGAUAACUCUUCAUCAGCGAGAAUGUUCAUUAUUGAGCUUUGUAGUCCCAAGCUUUGUCUGUUUGCAAUAUAGCAAUUUAUGAGUAAGUC